GAGUAAGCAUCUGCCUGGGAUAGCCUAGCCCAGCCCAGCCCAGCCCAACCCAGCCCAGCCCAAGUAGAGGCUACCCUGUGCUCAGGCACAGUUGGGGGCGAGGGGACCGGGCCCCGGGGCCACGGAGAUCGCUUCGACGCCUAGCAGCCAGAGCAGCGUCCAGAGCCCACCGGCGACACGGUGGGGCAGAGUGGGUCUGGACACCCCGGGAAGGACAGUCUCUUCGGAAGAGCAGGGAUCAGGCCGGAGCCCAGAGCCCAGUCCAGGGCAGUGGGACUACAGCCGGGGAUCCACCGACCCUGCGGCGCCCCGGUUCGGAUUUCAAAGUCCGCUGGGGCUCACCCGCUGAUCCGCUUCCCCUGCAGGUGGCCCCGAAAAGACAGGACCAGCGCUGGCAUGGGCCAAAGAGCGGUGCGAGUGCUGCUGCUUCUGGGCUUAUUGCACUGGGGCCCCGGCAGCGAGGGAAGGAAAACCUGGAGACGGCGUGGUCAGCAGCAGCAGCAGCAGCAGCAGCAACAGCAGCAGCAGCCGCCUCCGUCUCAGCCCCAGCCCCAGCCCCAACCCCAGGCGCUUCCUGGCCGCGAGCUGGGCGAGGUAGCUGGGCAGCCAGUGGAGAGCUUCCCACUGGACUUCACGGCCGUGGAGGGCAACAUGGACAGCUUCAUGUCCCAGAUCAAGAGCCUGGCGCAGUCCUUGUAUCCCUGUUCCGCUCAAAAGCUGGAUGAGGACUUGCGGCUUCACCUCCUGCUCAAUACUUCGGUGACCUGUAAUGACGGCAGCCCCGCCGGCUACUACCUCAAGGAGUCUAAGGGCAGCCGGCGCUGGUUGCUCUUUCUGGAAGGUGGCUGGUAUUGCUUUAACCGGGAGAACUGUGAUUCUCGCUAUGACACCAUGAGGCGCCUUAUGAGCUCCAAAGACUGGCCCAGAACUCGCACAGGUACUGGUAUCCUCUCAUCUCAACCAGAGGAGAAUCCACACUGGUGGAAUGCCAACAUGGUCUUUAUCCCCUAUUGUUCCAGUGAUGUCUGGAGUGGAGCCUCCUCCAAAUCUGAAACCAAUGAAUAUGCUUUCAUGGGGGCCCUUAUUAUCCAGGAGGUGGUUCGAGAACUCCUGGGCAAAGGGUUGACCAGUGCCAAGGUACUGCUGCUGGCUGGAAGCAGUGCUGGGGGCACUGGGGUUCUUCUGAAUGUGGACCGGGUUGCAGAGCAGUUAGAAGAGUUGGGCUAUUCAGCCAUCCAAGUUCGGGGCCUGGCUGACUCUGGGUGGUUCCUGGACAACAGGCAGUACCGCCGAACAGACUGCAUUGACACCAUCACCUGUGCACCCACUGAAGCCAUCCGACGAGGGAUCAGGUACUGGAACGGGGUCGUCCCCGAGCGCUGCCGGCUACAGUUCAAGGAAGGCGAGGAGUGGAACUGCUUCUUCGGAUACAAAAUCUACCCUACCCUGCGCUGCCCUGUGUUCGUGGUACAGUGGCUCUUCGAUGAAGCCCAAUUGACUGUGGACAACGUGCAUCUGACCGGGCAGCCUGUUCAGGAAGGGCAAUGGCUCUACAUCCAGAACCUUGGCCGGGAACUUCGGAAUACACUCAAAGAUGUGUCGGCUAGCUUUGCCCCUGCCUGCCUGUCCCAUGAGAUCAUCAUCCGAAACCACUGGACAGACAUUCAGGUGAAGGGUACCUCACUGCCUCGAGCGCUCCACUGCUGGGACCGAAGUCUUCAUGAGAGCAACAAAAAUGGCAAAGCACCCCCUCUGAAGGGCUGUCCCGUCCACCUCAUUGACAACUGCCCCUGGCCCCACUGUAACCCCUCCUGUCCCACCAUCCGAGACCAGUUCACAGGACAAGAGAUGAACAUAAUCCAGUUCCUCAUGCACAUGGGCUUCGAUGUACAGAAAAUGGCCCAGCAGCAGGGGUUAGAGCCCAGCAAGCUGUUGGGGAUGCUUAGCAGUGGGAGCUAAAUGAAGUCAGGAAGUGGAAAUGACUCAUGGCCAGCACAGGAGAGGGUGACCCCCUGCAGACCCUUUGCCUCCCUCCUUUCUUCCACCUCACUUCACACCAUGAGGCUCACAUUCUUGCUCUGUGCCUGAUGCCCCACAUGUGUCCCACUGGGGCCAACAGAGCCCUAAGCCACCUCUCCCCCCUCCUGGAGACACUUGGAAUCACAGAAUGUUCAGAGUUGGAAGGGUCCUCAGUGGCCAGUCUAACCCAUGCCCCCCAAAAGAAUUCUCUCUACAACAUGCUCAAUAUGGGUCAUCCAGCCUACUCCAAGACCUCCAACAGGGGUAGGAAGGGAACCUAUCCCCUCCUGAGGCUUCCCAUUUCACUUUUAGAUAACUUUGUUAGGAAAUUUUUUUUUCCUGAUGUUGUCUAAAUUUGUCUGUUUGUAACUUCUUCCCAUUGCUUCUGUUUCUGCCCACUGAAGCCAGGCAGAAUACAUCUAAUCCAUCUUCCAUAUGACAGCCCUUCAGAUACUUGAAGCUGUCAUGUGUUUCCUCCAUCCCCAACCCCACCGCAAGUCUUCUUUUCUCCGGGUGAAAUAUUCCCAGGACCUUCAACUAAUCCUGGUCCUCUUACCAUCUUGGCUACCCUUCUCUGGAUGUUAUCCAGUCCAUCCUGAAUGAUGUCACCGAGCAUUGAACACAAUCCCCGAGAGGGUCUGACAGGGGCAGAGCAUACAGGCUCACUCCCCUCCUUAUGCCUUAUUCCUCUCAGUGUAGGCCACGAUUUUAUCAGUUUUGUUGUCUGCCAUCUCAUACUGCCAACUCAUCUUGAGCUGGCAGUCCAACAGAACCUCCAGGUCUUUCUCCAACAUACUGUUGUCUAACAAUGCCCUUUGCCCCAUCCUGUCCUUGGGAAGUUGACUUCUUGAGCUGAAAGGUGAGUCUUUACAUUUAUCUCUGUUGAAUUUAAUCUUAUUGGAUUCCGCCCAAUUGGUUUCUGUCUAGCCUAUCUUUUUGGGUCCUGCCUGUCAUUUAGAGUGCUGUCUUUAAAUUCCUGCUUUGUGUCACCUAAAAAUUUGAUAAGUAUAACUUUGUCCUAGUCAUCAGUAAAAAUGUUUAAUUGGACGAGGCCAAGAACCGAUCCCUAGGGUACUUCCCUGGAUGUCUCCUUCUAAAUUUUGUCUUUGAACUAUGAAGGGCCACUCUUUGAAUUUGGCCACUCAAUUCUGCAUCCGUUUAAUUGUAUUGUUACCUAACUCACAUCUCUCCAACUUUUCCACAAGAAAAGCAUGGGAUAUUUCAUCAAAUACUUGACUAAAAUCUAGGUAAAUCAUAUCCGUAGCAUUCUAAUUUGCUGUUCCAGUAACUGUGUCAAAAAAAAAAGGAAGUAACAUUUGUUUGGCGUGACCUGUUCUUGACGAAGCCAUGCUGGCUUUUUGUGAUUGCUGUCCCUUUUUCCAGGUAUUCACUGAUCAUUCCUUUAAUGAUUUAUUUUGUAGUUUCCCCAGGAAUUGAAGUCACACUUACUGGCCUAUAGUCUGCAGACUGUUCUCUUCCCUUUUUUUUUUUUUUGAAGAUUGCAAUAACAGUUGCCCUUCCUUGGACCUAUGACACCUCUCCCUUUUUCCAUGGUCUUUCAAAUACUGUUGACAAUGGUUCUGCCAUCACUGGCACUCCCUUCAGGACCCAAAGAUGGAGUCCAUUUUGGCGACAGGACUUCAAUUGAUCAAGGACUCUAGGCAUUUUCUUACUAUCUCCUUAUUCCUCUUGGACAUCAACUCUCUGUUAGUCAUUUUUACUCUGUUAUUAUCAGUUCAGAGUUCAUUCUCUUUGCCAGAGAACAUAGAAAAUUGGAAUUAGAGAGUCCUACUUUCUGUUGUAAGUUAUUUUUAUUUCAUCCACCCACCCACACCCCAAGAAGCAAUCCUGGAUCCUAUUUAAUCUUCCUUUUCCUAAUAUGGUUUUUAAAAACUGUACUAUUUUUUUGGUCAUCUUUCACUUUCCUAGCUAGCCUCAGCCCAUUUGUGAGCCUUAGCACUCCUGACACCAUAUUUAUGGAACGGUGUCAUGUAAUCUCAGUUGGCUGGUGAGUUCACACUAUAUCCACGUUGCUCUCUUUGGACAUCUGUUUUUAUUCAUUAGAAUUGUUUCCCUUGGUGACUUUCGUCACCAAGAAAUUCUUGAGAGUAUCUCAUCCCUCCUGAGCAGAUUUCCUCUAUAGAAUUUUAGUCUACGGGAUCCUACACAGCCUUUUCUCUGAGCGCUUUGAACUCUGUUAUUCAGAAAUCUAGGGUACAUGUCAGACCCUACUUGGCUUUCCUCUUUUUCUAUAUCAAAAAUUCUAGGAGGGAAUAGUCAUUUUCCUUAUAUUGUUCCCAUCAUUUCCACUUGCCUUCCUCCUCCCUUCCCUGGCUGAGCUCUCUGGUCUCAACUCUUCCUCCCAUUGCUUCCAAUGUAGUCUGGCCAGAGCCUGGCUGCCCAUCAAAUGAAGCAACAUCCUCAUGACCCCCUCCUGGCUCUGCCCCUGUCACCAACAUGGACUCCCCUAUUAUCCUUUCCUAACCUUUCUUCCCAGAGCCUUUGGUCCAUGGGGUAGAGCCUAAAGCACUGGAUUCCUCAACUCCACCAGAAGUCCCAUCUCAGUCCCUUUCCAUCCUCACCUCCCAGGCCUUUUCACACCCUUUUGUAUUAUUUUAUAAAGUGACUUUUUAUUACUUUAAUUUUUUAAAAAAGGAAAUAAGCAAGAAUAUAAGAUGAAUGAUAUUGUUUUGUAACAUAUUUUUUUUAAAUAAUAAAAAACCAAAGAACCUCA